AUGAAAAUUGAUGACCAUGAGAGUUGUACAGAAGACGAAACAUAUGUGGAAAUCGAGGGAACAGUUGUCUAUAAAUGUGAAAGUGUUCAGAUCAAUAGUGACAAAGACUUUCCCGCCAACCUAAUAUUUCAACUUCCUCUUCUAUGUCUACUUCUGAACCAUCUACUCCUCCUACUUCCUCUUCUAUCCCUACUUCUGAACCAUCUAAUCCUUCCACUUCUUCUUCUACUCCUACUUCUGAACCAUCUUCUCCUCCUACCCCUUCUUCUGAACCAUCUACUCUUUCGACCUCGUCUUCUUCAUCAUCUAGUACCUCAACUUCCUCUUCUACGUCUACUCCUAAACCAUCCUCCCCUCCCACUUCUUCAUCUACCUCCACUUCUGAACCAUCUACUCCUCCCACUUCUUCUUCUAGCCCUACUUCUAAACCAUCUAGUACUCCUACUUCUUCUUCAACCGAACCACCGAACAUCUUCUACCUCAUCUAGUUCGACGAGUAAGCGUACGGAACCACCACGAUUGGCCAAAAAGCAAAAAUCUCGUCCUCGGCGUAGCGCUUCUGAAGAAAUCAAAUUCGUGUUAUUUGUGCAAUCGAUGAGCGUUACUGCCACUGCGACUCAAUUUCUCACCGAGAAUCAAUGGAAAAAUAUUGGAAAAUCUGUGCAGAAAAUUCUCAAGGAUCAGCGAUGGAUGUUCGAGGAAGAGUUGGAUGUUGUGUUACUUUGA